AUGUCAAAAGACACAAGUUCUUCUACAAAUGACCAUGUGAUUCAAGCUAUGCAACAACAAUUCGAAAGAAUGUUUAGUAUGAUGGCGGGAGUCAAUGAAAAAUUGGAAAGGCAUGAUGGCAUCCUUAACCAAUUACAUGGAGAGCCUAGACAAAGGAGACGUCCACCAAUUGACCAAGAGGACUAUGAAGGAGAGGAUGAUUUGGAUGAUGAUCAAGUCACCUUGUUGGGACAACGAAUCAAUCCUAGGAGACAAGCUCGGAGAGGACAUCCAAAUGAUGAUGUUGAUCGCAACCUUGGAAGCAUCAAAAUGAAGAUUCCUUCAUUCCAAGGAAGAAAUGAUCCAGAUGUGUACCUUGAAUGGGAGAGGAAAGUGGAACUCAUCUUCGAAUGUCAUAAUUAUUCGGAGGAGAAAAAGGUAAAACUUGCCGCUGUUGAGUUUAGUGAUUAUGCAAUUGUUUGGUGGGAUCAAUUUUGCAAGGAAAGACGUAGAUAUGGAGAAAGACCCACGGAGUCUUGGAGAGAAAUGAAGCAAAUCAUCAGAAAGAGGUUUGUUCCAAGCCACUACUAUAGAGAGCUUCAUCAAAGAUUACAAACUCUAAUUCAAGGAUCCAUGAGUGUGGAGGAGUAUCACAGAGAAAUGGAGAAGGCUAUGAUUAGAGCAAAUGUGAUAGAAGAUCGUGAAGCUACCAUGGCAAGGUUCUUGAGAGGGCUAAACAAAGACAUUGCUGAUGUUGUUGAUUUGCAACAUUAUGUGGAGAUUGAAGAUAUGGUGAAUUUGGCCAUGAAAGUGGAAAGGCAAUUGAAAAGAAAGAGGUAUGAUUCUAAACCAAAUAUGGGUUCUUCUUCUUCUUGGAAAAAUUCUUGGAGGAAAAAGGAUGAUAAACCUUUUACUAAGUCAAAAGUGGAAGAAACUAAACCUAAAAUUGACUUGGGUAAUAAGGGAAAGGGUGAGAAUCAACCACCCCAAACUAGGGGAAUCAAAUGUUUUAAGUGUUUGGGUCAUGGGCACAUUGCUAGGGAAUGUCCAAAUAAGAAAGCUAUGAUUCUAAGGAAUGGUGAUAUUGAGUCGGAGAGUGAGGGGGAUAGUGAUGAUGAUAUGCCUUCUUUAGAAGAUUGUAGUGAUGUUGAAUGUGCUAAGGGAGAUAAUCUUGUUGUUCAAAGAACAUUGAGUUUGCAAAAUAAACAUGAUGUCCAUAGGGAGCAAAGGGAAAAUUUCACUUUGCUAGUGGAGAAAUUGAAGUUGCCUACUACCAAGCACCCAAGACCAUACAAGUUGCAAUGGCUUAAUGAAAGUGGAGUUAUAAAGGUAAAUAAGCAAGUUUUAGUUUCGUUUCAAAUUGGUAGAUAUAAGGAUGAGGUGUUGUGUGAUGUGUUGCCAAUGUUGGUAGGACAUAUGUUGUUGGGGAGACCUUGGCAAUAUGAUAGAAGGGCUAGUCAUGAUGGAUUCAAAAAUAUGUAUACUUUGACUAUGGAUGGAAAAAGGUUUAACCUUGGACCAUUAACUCCAAAACAGAUUUUUGAAGACCAAAUGCGCAUCAAGCAACAAUAUGAAGAAAUGGUGAGUGAGCUUAUGGAGAAGGGUUAUGUUCGUGAAAGCAUGAGUCCAUGUCGUGCCGUCUUGUUAGUGCCUAAGAAAGAUGGAACUUGGAGGAUGUGUGUUGAUUGUCGUGCCAUCAACAAAAUCACGGUGAAGUAUAGACAUCCCAUUCCUAGGCUAGAUGACAUGUUGGAUGAAUUGCAUGGUUCAUAUUUGUUUUCAAAAAUUGAUUUGAAAUCUGGUUAUCAUCAAAUUAGAAUGAGAGAAGGUGAUGAAUGGAAAACAGGUUUUAAAACUAAACAUGGUUUAUACGAGUGGUUAGUAAUGCCUUUUGGUUUAACUAAUGCACCAAGCACUUUCAUGAGAUUGAUGAAUCAUGUUUUAAGAGCAUUCAUAGGCAAAUUUGUUGUUGUCUAUUUUGAUGAUAUCUUGGUUUAUAGCAAAAAUUUAGAUGAGCAUGUACAACAUUUGACUUGUGUUUUUUAUGUGCUUAGAGAAGAGAAGUUGUAUGCUAAUCUAAAGAAAUGUUGUUUUUGCACUAAUGAAAUUACUUUUCUUGGAUAUAUUGUCAAUGACAAGGGUAUUCAUGUUGAUCAAGAAAAGGUAAAAGUAAUUAGAGAAUGGCCAACACCCACAAGUGUAAGUGAUAAGAAUGUUGAUUUUAAGUGGGGAAUUGAACAAGAUGAGGCUUUUAACUUGCUAAAAGACAAAUUAAGUUCUGCACCCUUGUUAUCUUUGCCAAAUUUUACUAAACCUUUUGAGAUUGAGUGUGAUGCAAGUGGCAUAGGUAUUGGAGGAGUUUUGAUGCAAGAAGGCAAGCCCAUAGCAUUCUUUAGUGAAAAGCUAAGUGGAGCAAGUCUAAACUACCCUACAUAUGACAAAGAGUUCUAUGCAUUAGUGAGGGUUCUAAAGACAUGGCAGCAUUACCUUGGCUACAAAGAAUUCAUAAUUCACACUGACCAUGAGUCCUUGAAGUAUCUCAAAGGACAAGGAAAGCUCAACAAGAGACAUGCAAAAUGGGUGGAAUUCAUUGAAUCCUUUCCAUACAUCAUUAAGUACAAGCAAGGGAAAGAAAAUUUACUUGUGAGAGAGGCACAUAGUGGAGGUUUAAUGGGACAUUUUGCAACAAAUUGCUCACCCUUUGAAGUUGUGUAUGGAUUCAAUCCAUUGACUCCAUUAGAUUUGCUACCAUUACCGUUGGACAAAGCUAAUUUAGAGGGGAAACAAAAAGCUGAAUUCAUCAAGACUUUGCAUGAGAAGGUGCGUGCAAACAUUGAGAAGAAGACACUCCAAUAUGAAAAGCAACACAACAAAGGGAGGAAGCAAGUCAUUUUUGAGCCUGGAGAUUGGGUGUGGGUGCACUUGAGGAAGGAAAGAUUUCCUAACCAAAGGAAAUCAAACCUUAUGCCAAGAGGAGAUGGUCCUUUUAGAGUGCUUCAACGCAUCAACAACAAUGCCUACAAGCUAGAACUUCCAAAUGAUGGAGCUGAUUUGUGGACAAAUCCUUUUGAAGAAAGGGGGAAUGAUGUGAAUCCAAGUUCAAAGCUUAAAGAGAUCCAAGAUCCAUUAAUAGUACAAGAAGGCCCAACAACAAGGUCCAAAUCCAAGAAGUUUCAACAAGCCAUAUUGGGUUUAAUUAGG